AUGAAAAAUUAAUAAAUAGAAUUUAUCAAUUUAAUCAUUUUUAGACUUUGGUGUUCAGGAGGUCUCCACAAUAUCCAAGUUCUUUCAAUGUACAUUGGACCAGGUCAACUCCAAUAACGAUGACUUAAUUGGAGAGUGGCAGACACUGAAAAGUUUAGUCUACAAGAGGUAUUUCAUUUUUCAUUCAGAUUGGAUUUGCAUGGUCAUAUCAAUUUAACAAAAAAUAACAACAACAAAUUUAUGAUUAAUACAUUAUUGAAAAAGAGUUUAUUAUUUUUCUCCAGGUUUUCAGGAAAGUUACGUGAUGUGAGCUGGGAGGAUGUUUUCAAUAGUUUCUCUGAUUGUGGAGUCUCAAAUGUUCUCAACAUCAUUGAUCUAGUACUGAGUUUACCACCAACAAGUGUGAUUAACGAGACUGCCUUCAAUCAGAUGAAACUAUUGAAAACAGAGAGAAGACAUCGUCUAAGCAACCAACAUUUGAAUGACUGCAUGGUGAUCCGACUGGAAUCAGCACAAAUUAUGGACUUUGAUCCUCAGCCAGCAAUUGACAGAUGGAUGUUGACAGGAAAUAGAAGAACCUCCUACAAAAGAUCAUCAUUCAAGAAAAGGGAGCAGGUGCAUGCAGAAGCUGAGACUGUAACCGAGAGUGUCACAGAGACUGAAACUGAGAUUGAGAACACUGAAUCAAAUAUUAUUGAUAUUGAACAAGAUGCUGAGACACGUCAGAGUGAGGCUGUAAAUGAGAGUGAAUCAGAGAGUGAAAGUGAAUCAGAGUGCGAGUCUGACUUUGAACAGAAUGAAAGUGAAAAUGAGAACAGAAUUAGAGAAAUUGUCAGAGAAAUGGAAAUAGAAAGAGAAUUUUGAAAUGAAUUAUUAAAAAAUUGAAUACAUUGAAUUUAUUUAUUUUUAAAAAACUUAACUCACCUGUUAUGUACAUAAACAACAUUGAAAAACAGUAAGGUAUGAAAACUUAUUCUGUAAUUACUAAUAUAAUAAAAUUUCUUCGGACUGAUAGAAUUUGCUUCGGACCGGUAAAAUA